GCGGACGAAUUUAACGAGUGGAGGUGAUGAAGCCAUGAAGGGUCAUGAGCCCCGUUCAAGUUCCUCCUGUGCAGCUUGCAAGUUCUUGAAAAGGAGAUGCACUCCCAAUUGUAUAUUCGCACCUUACUUCCGGUCCGAUGAGCCCAAGAAAUUCGCCAAAGUUCACAAGGUGUUUGGUGCCAGCAAUGUGAGCAAGAUCCUGGUUGAAGUCCCUGAGGAGCAACGUGAGGACACUGUCAAUUCUCUUGCCUAUGAGGCUGAGGCCAGGCUUAGAGACCCUGUGUAUGGUUGCAUUGGCGCCAUAGCUUUGCUCCAAAGAAAGAUGGUUGAGCUCCAACAUGAUCUCGCCAUUGCCAGAGCCCGUCUCGCCCGCUAUACCAUGCCCGCUUCCUCCACCUCUUCCAUCUUCCAUGGCAGCCUGGCCAUGGCCGGUUUCCAAGACUUUCCGGGCUGCAGCGGCAUAUUUGACGGUUUCAGCCACCUGAAUUCCAUGGAGUUGAAUCAGCCUGUGGCCAUCAAUGAUUUCAGCCAACCCCCAUUUCAGUUGUGAUCUUCUCCUUCUUCCAUGUCUCCUCUUCCUCUUCUUCUUCUGUUUCUCUAGUGUUUUAUUGCUUGCUUUUUCAAGUUCUUGUUCUCCAUAAAUUCAUGUGCAUCAAAUCUACAAUUUCAUCAGGGAGUUUGAACUGAGAAAGUUAGUACUGAAUUCUCUA